AUGAAACGAUGGGAUGAAAAGUUAACGUUGGCUUUGCGACGCGGCAGCGGAAGUGAUGACGUCACACCCAACCCUGUUUCUGAGGCGCUUCGCAACCUGGAAGAAACGAUGGAGAGCAUUAAGAGGCGAUUGUCCCAACUGGAAAAGUGUGUUGAGCGGCAGCGUGUGGCCAUAAAUGAGGUGCGCACAAACACUUCGCCGUUUGAUGACCUGCUCACAAAAACAAAUGGAGAUAUUCAGUCUAUUCAACAGCAACUCGAGUAUGUUGUUAUUAGUUUGGAGCGAGAGCGGGGAAUUGUAACCGACCAUACGGAGCAGCUACGAUUAUUUGUUCGGGAAUCCACGCGUCGUGAUGGAGGUCGAUCUGGUCUGUCCGAUAGCGAUCCAUCUUUUCUAUUCCUACUUGCCACAUGGCUCUAUCGACCGGUCGUAGAUUUUGCAAAUGGAUGUUAUGUUCUCCUUUCGCCACUGAUUGGAACCCUUCAAUCCUUGUCACUUUUUAACCCCGACGUGCAGGUGCGCCAAACGGAAAGUGGUGUGUACCUCAACAACGCCCAACCCAGUGAAGAUCUGCUGUCGCGACUCCAAAAGGGACAGUUGGAUCCCGUUCUCACAUCAAAGACUUGA